AUGGCCACCCUAAAGUACGACCCUACACACGACUUCAUCCACACCACCCUCACCAGCAUCACUGGACGUCCAACCCGCAGCAGCAUCAAGCUCCUUGAAAACGAAAACAAAGACAAUGCCCGCCAAAUCCACAGCCUACGCGGCACCGGCACUGAAGGCCACCUCCGCCUCUGCUACACACUCGCACGCUUCAAUGCACACCCCCAGGUAGCUGCCACACCAUGGGAAGAUCCCGUCCAUCCAGGAACACGCCCCGACGUCCCCGAUGGAGCCACCGGACCACAAAUCACCCGCAUGGUCUCCGCCCACAAGUAUGACCUAAGCGAAUUCCAGCUCUUCCAAUCCACUGAAAAAGCACUCCUACGCAAGACCAUGGAAGCCAUCGAAGAGGUGUACUACAAGUCGCUCCGCGACCCUGAUGAAGGAUACUCCACCCUCAGCUACAUCGACCUCAUCGUCCACCUCAAUGAACAAUAUGGCAAACUCACCAAUGACGACCUCAACAAAAACCUAGACCGCAUGGACGCCAAAUGGACACCAACCCAGCCCAUUGAGCAACUCUUCCAUCAAAUCGACGACGCCCGUUCCUUCGCCAGGGACCAUGACCCCAUCAGCACCAGAGCAUGCGUCCGCUCCGCCGAACGCAACUUGGAAAACAGUGGACGAGUCUUCACCCUUGCCCUCAAGGACUGGCGCAACAAACUCGAAGACGACCAGACAUGGCCCAACUUCCAAGCCCACUUUGCCAAAGCCAACACGGAACGCCUUCGCUCCAUUACCACCAAACAAGCAGGCUUCCAUGAUCAACACCAAGCCAACAAUGCCAACAGCAACAACAACAACAACAACAACAACAACAACAACAACAACAAAGUACCACCCAAGAACCACCACAUCAACCCAUUUCUCGUCAAAGGAGACUGCGGCACCUUUAUGUCGUACUGCUUCUCCCAUGGCCUCCAAUGGGACCUCAACCACAACAGCUUCACUUGCCGCAACCGCAAUCUACAAGUUCCAGCCCCGUGA